GUAAUGCCACGUCCCCGCGCAUGCGCAUCUUGACUAGUGGUGGCGGCUGUUUCCGGGCUUAGGGGGCUGGAGCGGCCGGCCGCCGAGUAGGAGGCGUUGGUGGCAGCGGCCGGGGAGUGCAGAGUGCGGGCUUGGGGGCCAGGCCCUGCUGAGGGCAGGGAAAGUUACCUUUUCUUUCCCGAAGGGGCCGGUAGAGCCGGUGGCUGAGCAACAAGAUGAAUUUCCUCCGCGGGGUAAUGGGGGGUCAGAGUGCCGGACCCCAGCACACAGAAAUCGAGACGAUUCAAAAGCUUUGUGACAGAGUGGCUUCAUCUACUUUACUAGAUGAUCGAAGAAAUGCUGUGCGUGCUCUCAAAUCAUUAUCUAAGAAAUACCGCUUGGAAGUGGGUAUACAAGCUAUGGAACAUCUUAUCCAUGUAUUACAAACAGAUCGUUCGGAUUCUGAAAUAAUAGGUUAUGCUUUGGACACACUAUAUAAUAUAAUAUCUAAUGAUGAAGAAGAAGAAGUAGAAGAAAAUUCCACAAGACAGAGUGGGGAUUUGGGAAGCCAGUUUACAGAAAUUUUCAUUAAGCAGCAGGAAAAUGUCACUCUCCUGUUAUCUUUAUUGGAGGAGUUUGAUUUCCAUGUCCGCUGGCCUGGUGUGAAGCUUCUUACUUCUCUUUUAAAACAACUAGGACCUCAGGUGCAGCAAAUUAUUUUAGUCAGUCCCAUGGGUGUUUCAAGAUUGAUGGACUUACUAGCAGAUUCCAGGGAAGUUAUACGUAAUGAUGGUGUGUUACUACUGCAGGCGCUAACAAGAAGCAAUGGAGCAAUCCAGAAAAUUGUUGCUUUUGAAAAUGCUUUUGAGAGACUACUGGACAUUAUUACAGAGGAGGGGAACAGUGAUGGAGGUAUAGUAGUGGAAGAUUGUCUGAUUUUGCUCCAAAACUUGUUAAAAAACAACAAUUCCAAUCAAAAUUUUUUUAAAGAAGGCUCAUAUAUUCAACGUAUGAAACCUUGGUUUCAUGUUGGAGAUGAAAAUUCUGGCUGGUCUGCACAGAAAGUGACUAAUCUGCACGUAAUGCUACAGCUUGUUCGUGUACUGGUGUCUCCCACCAACCCUCCUGGUGCUACCAGCAGCUGCCAGAAAGCUAUGUUCCAGUGUGGCUUACUGCAGCAGCUUUGCACCAUCCUCAUGGCUACUGGAGUUCCUGCUGAUAUCCUCACUGAGACCAUUAAUACUGUAUCAGAAGUUAUUCGAGGCUACCAAGUAAACCAGGACUACUUUGCUUCUGUAAAUGCACCUUCAAACCCACCAAGACCAGCAAUUGUAGUUCUUCUGAUGUCUAUGGUCAAUGAAAGGCAGCCGUUUGUACUGCGCUGUGCUGUUCUCUAUUGUUUCCAGUGUUUCUUAUAUAAAAACCAGAAAGGACAAGGAGAAAUUGUGUCAACGCUUCUACCUUCCACUAUUGAUGCAACAGGUAACUCAGUCUCAGCUGGUCAGUUACUCUGUGGAGGUUUAUUUUCUACUGACUCACUUUCAAACUGGUGUGCUGCUGUGGCCCUUGCCCAUGCUUUGCAAGAAAACGCUGUCCAGAAAGAACAGUUGCUCAGGGUUCAACUUGCUACGAGUAUCGGCAACCCUCCAGUUUCUUUAUUACAACAGUGCACCAACAUCCUUUCACAGGGUGAUAAGAUCGACAGACGGGGAAGCAAAAUACAGACAAGAGUUGGAUUAUUAAUGCUGCUCUGUACCUGGCUAAGCAACUGUCCCAUUGCAGUAACACAUUUUCUUCACAAUUCAGCCAAUGUUCCAUUUCUUACAGGACAAAUUGCAGAAAAUCUUGGCGAGGAAGAGCAGUUGGUCCAAGGCUUAUGUGCCCUUCUGUUGGGCAUUUCAAUUUACUUCAAUGAUAACUCACUUGAGAGCUACAUGAAAGAGAAAUUAAAACAACUAAUAGAGAAGAGGAUUGGCAAAGAAAACUUCAUAGAGAAACUAGGAUUUAUUAGCAAACAUGAGUUGUAUUCCAGAGCAUCUCAGAAACCACAGCCAAACUUUCCCAGUCCAGAAUACAUGAUAUUUGAUCAUGAGUUUACGAAGCUGGUAAAAGAACUUGAAGGUGUGAUAACUAAGGCUAUUUAUAAAUCCAGUGAAGAGGAUAAAAAAGAAGAAGAGGUGAAGAAAACAUUAGAACAGCAUGACAGUAUUGUGACUCACUACAAAAAUAUGAUUCGAGAACAAGAUCUGCAACUUGAGGAACUAAAGCAGCAGAUUUCUACGUUAAAAUGUCAAAACGAACAGCUCCAGACAGCGGUCACACAGCAAGUAUCUCAGAUUCAGCAACACAAAGAUCAGUACAACCUUCUUAAAGUACAGCUAGGAAAAGAUAAUCAGCAUCAAGGUUCUUACAGUGAUGGGACUCAGGUGAAUGGCAUUCAACCAGAAGAAAUUGGUAGGUUACGAGAAGAGAUAGAAGAAUUAAAAAGUAAUCAAGAACUUUUACAAAGCCAGCUGGCUGAAAAGGACUCUCUGAUUGAAAAUUUGAAAUCUUCCCAAGCAUCACCUGGCACAAAUGAACAGUCUUCAGCAACAGCUUCUGCUAGAGAUUCUGAACAAAUUGCAGAAUUAAAACAGGAACUGGCAACAUUAAAAUCACAGUUAAACUCACAAUCUGUGGAGAUCACCAAACUGCAGACAGAAAAGCAGGAGCUGUUACAGAAAACAGAAACAUUUGCAAAGUCAGCUGCCGCACCAGGAGAGAGUGGAGCUGGAAUGACUGCAAAGGCCACUGAUGGGGAUGGCCGGCUGUCGGUGUUGCUACAGGACAUGAACGACUUGAAGAAUGAAAUUAAGGCUCUGUCUGAGGAAAGAACCGCUAUUAAAGAGCAGCUGGAUGCAUCGAACAGUACCAUUGCUAUUUUACAAAAUGAGAAAAACAAGCUCGAGAUGGAUAUUACAGAUUCUAAAAAAGAACAGGAUGACCUGUUGGUGCUGUUGGCUGAUCAGGAUCAGAAAAUAUUUUCAUUAAAGAAUAAACUCAAGGAACUUGGUCAUCCGGUAGAAGAAGAGGAUGAACUUGAAUCCGGAGACCAGGAUGAUGAGGAAGAUGAAGAUGAAGAUGAUGGCAAGGACCAGGGUCGUAUCUAGCUUUCAGAUCUCUAGGAAUGAUAGAGAUUGUAUUAUAACUUUGAAGAUGGAGUCUUAAGACAGUGCUUUGGUUUGCCUCCACAGAAAAUAAAGAUUUAGAAACCCAAGUGGAAAACACUCACUAAUAAGACUAUUGAUGUAUUUUUUUAAAUGAUGCCACCCAUGUUGGACACGCUAAAACUAACUUCUUGCAGAACUCACAUCUUUGAUUGAAAUUCAUCUGAAUUGUCCCAAAAGAUAAUUUGCAAAGAAUUUCAGACACUAAAAAUACACCAUUUUAAAGCAUGUGGUGGCAGUGCUAUUUAUCUUAGUUUACUGGUUGUUUACAUAAGUUCUGUAUUUGUCUAUUAUUUUCACUUUUCAGAAUAUGUCACUUUAAGUACUAACACAUUUGAUUUAAUGUGUAUUGGAAUCAUUGUUUCUAAAUUCAGUAUUGGGCUUCUUAGCUAAUGAUUUCCCUUUAAAGAAAUGGAUUUACUUAAAGGCAAGAUGGCAUAGGCCGGGGGAUAUCAUCAGCCCUCCAUCCAAUGUGACUCCUAGGAGGCAGGAUAAGACAGUUUAGGACAAGUGCCUUGACACCUGAUCUGGCUGAAUUGUGUACGUCAGGGAAGAAACAGAAGGAUUCUGACACACAGAGGUGAGGAGGGCGUUUCUCAGAAACUUGCAACAGCGUAUUUGCAUGUGGUUGGUUUUGGUUUUAUUUUAAGCUAAACUUUAAAACAUUACAAAUUAACAGCUCAUACAAUUCAGGUUUAGUAUCGCUAUUUGAUUGUCAUGAAACAUAUUAUGGAUCUAGUUUUAAAAAGACCCGAACUAUGAUUUAUAUAAUUUAUUGGCAUUUUUGCUGAAUAGGUUUAAAUCAGAUAAUAGAUUUUUAAAAAGCAAAUGAAGCAAUGUGUCAAAAUUUAAUGUUUCAUAAUAAAAAUAGAUACUAUGUUCACUUAA